GCACGAAUCAAAAAGAUUAUGCAAGCAGAUGAAGAUGUAGGAAAAGUAGCCCAAGCCACUCCAUUAUUAGUUUCAAAAGCAGUAGAAAUGUUUAUGGAAUCACUUGUUAGAGCUUCGGUUUAUCAAGCACAAAAUCGAGGUUCAAGAAAAGUUCAAGCUUAUCAUCUUAAACAAGCAGUAAUGGUCACAGAGGCCUUUGAUUUCCUCAAAGACAUUGUCGAAAAAAUUCCAGAUCCGACCACAACAGCUGAAGAAGACAUAAAACCACUCAAACCAAAACCG